AUGUCAUGGUGCACAUCUGUUGGUGGCAAAGCCAAGAAAGGAGACCUGGUCAGCAAGCUCUCGAAGCUAGGGGUUAUCUAUCCCGAUGUGCUUGUGAGAGCUGUGUGGGAUCUUGGCAAAGAUGUGUUCGAGCACAUCUACUUGGGAACUGGAGGAAGGACUGGGGCGGCUGAGUAUUGGGCGAAUGUGCGUGCUCGGUGUGCAUGGUACCCACAAAACAUUCCCGAAAGCUGCCACUCGGGCCUCAUACCAAUUUCUCUGUAUGGAGACGAGGUACACGCAUAUCGAAACACAGACCCUGGGGCGGUUUCUGUUGUGGGAUGGUGUUCAGACCUCAGCUUCGGUGUCGAUGCCAUGAUUCAGUAUGGUCUGAUCUGUGCGUAUUCGGAAUACUGUGAGUGUGAGAGCACUUACGGUGAAAUCAUGGAAGCAGUGCUACCGAGAUUGAAUUACCUCUGUGAUCCAAAUGCUCCACAUCCCUGGAAAGAUGAGUUUCGCUUUGUGCUGUGUGGAGUAAGAGGAGAUCUGAAAUGGAUCAACGACAAAUACAAGAUACACAAUUAUCGGCUGAAUGACUUUUGUUCUCGAUGCUCCUGUAUGAAGACUGCCGACAAUGUAUAUGAAACCAUCACGGCAUUCAGCGACAAGGCACAGCAUGUGCCAGUGGAUCAUGUUUCUUUCUGUGAUUCAAAAUGCAUCGAAGAUUGGCCCUGGCCGAUGAGGUUUGGUGUGCACCUGGAACGCUUCUGUCAUGACACGUGUCAUAGCCAGUUGCUGGGUAGUGGCAAAUGCCUGAAUGGAUCUGCUUUGACAUACCUUUGCGAGCAAGGAUUCUUCACCGGAGGGCAAUUUGGCUCCGGUGUAUACGAUGUGGCUUUGCAGGCGCAGCUUCAGUAUGCAUAUUCUGAUUUCCGGUCAUGGAGCAAGGCCGCUGGCUUGAAAGUCAACCAUCCCAGAUUUACUUUCAAUCGCUUGAAUAGAAAGCAUCGAGGCCUAGCAUCAAAGGCAGUGGCCGGCAAAGUGGUGACAUUUUGGCUGGCAUAUCGCUGUGUGGAGUAUGCUGAAAGGGAUGGCUCAACCCCGCUGGACCGGCUGGUUGCUGUGUGUGUUUGGAGCUAUGCAGAUCUGCUUCGCCAGUUUGACGAAUGCCCGCUUAUCUUGUCAGCUGCACAAGCAAGACGUAUGUAUGUCACCGGACAGCGCCAUUUGGAGACCUGGGCAAACCUGAGAUCUUUGAGUGCGCUGCUGACUUCCGGCAAGGUUGCCAACCGCAAUCUUUGGAUGAUUCUGCCGAAGAUGCACCAUUUAAAACAUGCCCUGGAGGAUGCUGUUAUCACCCGCCUCAACCCGCAUAUGCAAAACCUUCUGGGAGCUGAAAGCUGGAUCGGUGCCAUCGGCAGGAUGGCACGGAUGCUUUAA